UGUGAUGACGUAACGACGUUGUGACAAGCUGGUGGUGCCGGAAGAAAAGAUGGCGGAUCAGGAGGAGCCCGUAUCCAACGAGGAAAAGGUGCGCAUAGCAGCUAAAUUCAUCAUUCACGCCCCACCAGGAGAGUUCAACGAAGUUUUCAACGAUGUGCGAUUGCUGCUCAACAAUGACAGUCUCCUCAGGGAAGGUGCAGCCCAUGCAUUUGCACAGUACAACUUGGACCAGUUUACCCCAGUGAAAAUCGAUGGCUAUGACGAACAGGUCUUAAUCACAGAGCAUGGGGACCUUGGCAACGGCCGCGUCUUGGACCCCAAGAACAAGAUCUCCUUCACGUACGACCACCUGAGGAAGGAGGCCAGUGACCCGCGGCCUCACGAUGUGGACAGCUCCAUGGAAGACUGGAGGAGCGCCGUGGACUUGGCCGUCAGAGCCUACGUCAAGGAGCACUACCCUAAUGGCGUCUGCACCAUUUACGGGAAAACCAUUGACGGGCAGCAAACCAUCAUUGUGUGCAUCGAGUGCCAUCAAUUUCAGCCCAAAAACUUCUGGAAUGGACGCUGGAGGUCAGAAUGGAAAUUUACAAUCUCUCCAUCCACCACUCAAGUUGCAGGAAUCAUGAAGAUUCAGGUUCAUUACUACGAGGAUGGCAACGUCCAGCUGGUGAGCCAUAAGGAGGUGCAGGAUUCCUUGUCUGUUUCUAAUGAGACUUCAACCGCAAGUAGGUUUGUCCAGAUCAUGGAAGCUGCAGAGAACGACUAUCAAACGGCCAUCAACGAGAAUUAUCAGACCAUGUCGGAAACUACCUUCAAAGCCUUACGCCGCCAGCUUCCUGUGACACGCACCAAGAUCGACUGGAAUAAGAUCCUGAGCUACAAGCUCGGCAAGGAGAUGCAGAAUGCUUAAAAACUAACACCCCCGCCUCACAAAACAUACACACACACACACACACACACACACCCCUCAAACAAUGUUGCAUGACUGGAUAGUUGUAUUGUCUUUGUACAAAAAUUAGAGAAGUUGGGGGGAAAGAAGGGUUUUGGUCUCACGACAAGAUGUCAAAUUAACUCAUUGGAUGUCUCCUUUUAUUCAUGUUUUUUUGUUUUUAAUACACUCUUAGUGCCACUGUCUAUCCGAGCUAGAACGAUUGGAGAAAAUAUAAGAGUGACAUAGGAAAAGAGGGCACGCACUCGUAUGCAAAAACCAACAGUUCUCACGUGCAAUAUCAUCGUGUCGCUGAGACCGCGCCCUCUGUGCACCCUGCUGAAAAGUGGAGUUUUCCAUUCUGCAUUCAAAAACCUGCUCAGUUAUUUUGGCCUAAAGGAAAAAUUGAGUCUUAAUGAAUUACUCAGCGUCAACAAAAAGAAGUUUCUCUGUGCUUAUUGGUCUCAAUGCUCUGCAAAAACAUUUAUUUUUUUCCAGUUAUUUUUGGUACUUUCCUCCACUGUCUGGCCUGUUUGUGGGAUCUCAAGCUUGCAGCACUCCUGACUGAAUGACCUUGUUGACUCGCCCGGAGCUCUCUGACCACCUAACAAGCUUCAAUAACCAGUCGUCAACUGCUAAAUCAUAAUGUGCAUAUAAUAUCAAACUUACAAUAAAGUGAAAACGUAUCACAUCCUCCUCCAGUGCUUAUUUUUACUAAACAGAGCCUGACUGUAUUAUAUAACAAGGCAUACUGUAAUAUAUAUAUAUACCUAUAUGAAACAUCCUCUGUCGGUUUGGUGAUUAUUUCCAUGAGAUCAAUUGUAAUUCAGUCACACUUAUGUUGCAUUAAAUAACAAAUUUUCUAUU